AUGAUGUUUGCUAGCAACGACUGGAGACAAUGUCAAUGGGUAAAGCAUCCUAAAGGACUCGCAGCCUAUCAUACAACAACGAGUAUGGAAUUUUGGGAUGGUGUGGAAACGUGCCUGAAAGUCUUUGCACCAUUGGUUGAAGUACUUAGAUUAGUUGAUGGAGAUCAGAGGCCUACAAUGGGUUUUUUGCAUGGAGAGUUAGAGGAAGCAAAGAAAGAGAUACGAAAAGCCCUAAACAAUCUUGAGAAGACCUAUGAACCAAUACUCACUAUCAUUGAUCAGAAGAGUGAAGAACAAGAGGGCAACUUUGGGCAUCCAACAGCCAUUAAAGGAUGUUCAACAAAUGAUGAAAAUUUUGAUCCAGAUUGUGCUAUUCACGCUCAAGAUUGGAUUGUUGAAGAUGUUGAUGGAGAUAUUUCUGAAACUACAAGAGACACAUCUAAAGAUAAUGAUUCGGUUAGGGAGCUUCGUGAAUCUGAUUUUGAGUCUGCUGAUGAAGGAGUCGAUAUUGAUUUUGAGUCAGAUGAUGAGCAUGUUUAG